AUGGACUCUUAUUCUUACCUACCAGCUUCGCUCUCCGAAUUCUUCACCUGGCCGCCGAUUCGCCGCGACUUGGAGGAGCGUCCCCCAUCAAACACAGACAGGAUUGUUACUACUGCUAUUGUUUGUGGUAUCUCUGCGCUGUUCCUUGUACCACUUAUUUGGUACAUUAUUGCUCGCAUCAUCAGAAUUCGUCGGUCUGGAGCGAGUGCUAAGGAUGCUGAGCAAGGUGUUGGGAUGUCUUAG